GAGCUGGGCAGUGACGUGACGUCGUGAAGAUGGUGAUCUACAGUGUGUAUGUGGUGAACAAGGCUGGAGGUUUAAUCUACCAAUACGACAACUAUGUGCCGAGAGCCGAGGCCGAGAAGACGUUCAGCUAUCCUCUAGACUUAGUGCUGAAGCAUCACGAUGAAAAGGUCAUCGUGUCGUUUGGACAGCGAGACGGAAUCAGAGUGGGCCACGCAGUGCUGUCCAUCAAUGGAGUUGAUGUGCUUGGCAAGAGCACAGCAGAUGGAAAGGACAUCCUUGAAUAUUUAAAGGAUGCUUCAAAUUAUCCAGUGUCUAUUCGCUUUGGACGGGCACGCCUGAGCUCCAAUGAGAAGCUGAUGCUGGCAUCCAUGUUUCACUCGUUGUUUGCUAUAGGUUCACAGCUGUCUCCUGACGUUGGCAGUUCAGGGAUUGAGAUGCUAGAAACGGACGUCUUCAAACUCCACUGCUACCAGACUCUCACAGGGAUAAAGUUCAUCGUGCUGGCGGACCCUCGACAAUCCGGUAUUGAUGCGCUACUGAGGAAGAUUUAUGAGAUCUAUUCAGAUUUUGCCCUCAAGAACCCGUUUUAUUCUCUGGAAAUGCCAAUCAGGUGUGAACUCUUUGACCAGAAUCUGAAGGGGUCACUUGAGAUUGCAGAGAAAGCCGGCAACUUUGGAGCUGGAUCUUGAACCAGAGAAGACUAGAUAUAGAUAGAUUGUGCUAUAUCCUUUCCAAACACAACAGAUUAACAUGAACGUGGAUAAAGUUCAGUUGUUGAGGAAGAAAAAUACGAAUGGAUUUUUUUUGUUUUUUUUCAAGUUGGUAUCAGAAUGUCAGUUAACACUUUGUAAAUACGUUGUUUUGUAAAUACUUGAAGAUUAAAUUACAUACUGUCUGUAAAA